AAGUUAAUCAAUCCAAUACGUCAGGAUCUGAAAUUAAUACUAGUCAUUAUUAAAAUAAAAGAUGCAAUCAAUAUGAAAAAUGCCUCACAUGUUUGUGUCAGUUUGUGUGCAUUAUACUCCAAAAGGAUGCUGGGAUGCCAUUACACAGUAAGUCUAUUGUACAGGACCUUUACAGUGCAAUGAAUUUAAAUACGCUUGGUUUUUCUCAAGAUUUUGUGUAAAGAAGGGAGUGCAAAAAAGUGUGGGCUGUAUGAAAUGUAGUUAAUGAGCAAACUUUGAGCGCUCGGUUAGUUUGCUGCAUGAUUUGCCACGAACUUUAAGCGGUUCACUUACAGAGCAGGAACCAAAAGGCCACUUGUGACAGUAAAUAGUCAUUUUUGGAGGUAAAACCUAGGAAAAAGCUGAGAUUUUCUUUUUCGGUUGACCCUGGAGUCUGAGAAAGGGCUGGACAGAAACAAGCCCUUCCCUGAUGAGCACACAUUAACAAUGUACAGAGGGAGAGGAAACCACUCAUAGAGAUUCGUCACAACUCAUUAAUACAUUACCACGCUGAACAAUACCUCUGUGCGAGACAUACAGAUCGUUUGAGCUUCAAGAUUUCUUCUCAGAAUCCAGCAAAAUGACGGAAGCCCAGGAUGUGUUAAAAAACAUUCAGCGAAAACCUGGCCUGCAAAUCUGGACCAUCAGUAAAAUGAAAAUGGUCCCUGUCCCAGAGCAGGCAUAUGGAAAUUUUUUUGAAGGUGACUGCUACAUUAUUCUCAGUGUGAGCAGCAGCGCUGCACAAUCCACUGACAUCCACUACUGGAUAGGCAACACAUCCUCUCAGGACGAGCAGGGAGCUGCAGCCAUCUAUGUGACCCAACUGGACGGGUGUCUCGGUGGCAGUCCGGUUCAAUAUCGGGAGGUCCAGGGAAGUGAAUCGGUUAAAUUCAAAAGCUACUUCAAGAAUGGCAUUGUAUAUAAAAAAGGCGGUGCAGGAUCAGGAUUCACACACGUUGAGUCCAACAUGUAUAACAUUAAGCGCCUGCUCCACGUCAAAGGAACGAAGCAUGUGACUGCAAGAGAGGUGGAGGUUUCCUGGAGCAGUUUUAAUCUAGGGGACAUAUUCCUGCUGGAUUUGGGAAAAGCAAUAAUACAAUGGAAUGGUCCUCAAAGCAACAGACAAGAAAAAUUAAAGGCCGUUCUGCUAGCUCAGGACAUCAGGGACCGGGAGCGUGGAGGCCGGGCUCAGAUUGGUGUGAUUGAGGGUGGGCAAGAGGAAGCCUCUCCUGAGCUGAUGAAGAUCAUGAUAUCUGUUCUAGGUCAGAGGACUGUACACCUGAAAGAGUCAGUCCCUGAUGACAAACCAGACCAAAACCAGAUCUCCAACGUCAAACUGUACCAUGUGUCUGAUGCCAGUGGUCAGCUGUUGGUACAGGAAGUGGCUACCAGUCCACUGACCCAGGAUUUGCUGAAUUCCACUGACUGCUAUAUUUUAGAUCAAGGUGGCAGCUCAGUAAUGGUCUGGAAAGGAAAAGCAGCAUCAGAGGAAGAGAGACACUCAGCACUGAGUCGGGCAGUUGGCUUUAUAAAAGCAAAGAACUACCCAUCCAACACUAAAGUGGAGGUUAUGAGUGAAGGAGGAGAGUCUGCCAUGUUUAAACAUCUCUUCAAAUCCUGGAAAGAAAAAGGUCAAACUCAAGGACUGGGAAAGACCCACUCAGUCGGGAAGAUAGCUAAAGUGGAUCAGGUGAAGUUUGACGUCAUGGAGCUUCACGCUCAACCAAAGCUGGCUGCUCAGGAGCGGAUGGUGGACGACGCCUCAGGACAUGUUCAGGUUUGGCGCAUUGAGGAUCUUGAACUGAAGGAGGUGAUUCCAAGCACAUAUGGACAGUUCUAUGGAGGAGACUGUUAUCUAGUGCUGUACACCUACAACAGAGCCAACAAACCACAGUACAUCCUCUACAUGUGGCAGGGUCGCCAUGCCACACAGGAUGAGGUGACGGCAUGCGCUUAUCAGGCGGUGAAUUUGGAUAACAAAUACAAUGGAGCCCCAACACAGGUCAGAGUGGUCAUGGGAAAAGAGCCUAGACACUUCCUGGCCAUCUUCAAAGGCAGACUCGUCAUUUUUGAGGGUGGGACAGGUAGACCGGGUGUUGUGAACCCUGAUCCUGGUGCCAGACUCUUCCAGGUCCGAGGGACACAUGAGAUGAACACCAAAGCAACAGAGGUGCCCACCCGGGCCACCUCUCUUAACACCAAUGACGUUUUUCUGCUCAAAACUCAUCAGAAUGUCUUCCUGUGGUAUGGCAAGGGCUGCAGUGGAGACGAGAGGGAGAUGGGAAAAGCCGUAGCUGAUUUGCUUUCUGAGCAGGACAAGCAGAUUGUGAUGGAAGGACAGGAACCAGCUGCCUUCUGGGUGGCUUUGGGAGGGAAAGCUCCAUACGCUAGUGACAAGAGACUGGAAAAAGAAGUGGCACUUCACGAACCUCGUCUGUUUGAAUGCUCCAAUCAGACAGGCCGAUUCCUUAUGACAGAGGUGGCUGACUUCACUCAGGAUGACCUGGAUGAAGAUGAUGUCAUGCUUCUAGACACCUGGGAGGAGAUUUUCCUUUGGAUUGGCAAUUCAGCCAACCAGUAUGAGACUCAGGAGUCCUACAGCAGUGCAGUGGACUAUCUCAAAACCCAUCCAGCCGGACGGGACCCUGGGACACCCAUCACCACUGUUAAACAAGGCUAUGAGCCGCCCACCUUCACCGGCUGGUUUAAUGCAUGGGAUGCUCACAAGUGGAGCGGAGGCCUUUCAUAUGAGGAGAUGAAAACCAAGCUGGGUGAUAUUUCACAAAUCACUGUGAAUCUCAACAAUAUCAACCUGAAUAAGAAGACAGGAGGAGGAGGGAGCUACAGUGCUCCUGGAGGACCAGGAAAUAUAAAGUCACAUAGUCAGAGGAUGGCUUCCUCCAUCUCUAGUGCAUAUGUAGACCAGUCUUCCAACAAAGCAAAGGCUUCUGGGAUGGCACAUUCUGAGCCGCCUCAAGGAGUGGACCCUGAAAAACGAGAGGAAUAUUUGACUGAUGCAGAAUUUGAGAAUCUCCUUGGCUGCACCCGUGACAGUUUCCAACGGCUGCCCAAGUGGCGUCAGAACGAUCUUAAAAAGAAGGCAGGACUCUUUUAAGGUGGUUUUGCUAUAUUGAGACAAAGCCUGAUCUUCAGACCUGAUUAUUGUGCUUUGUGUCACCUCUGCACUGCUACUGUAUUUAUUCAACAAAUAAAUAAAUGUAUCUACUCAAAAGCUAACAUCACAUAAUAGAAAUGCUAUGUAAAUAUCUUAUACCACCAAAAUGAUUACAUCAGAACAUGUCUAAAUGCUCUUUAGUGCUAAUAAAAACACAAUGCACGCCAAGUAAUGU